AUGGCUCCUCGCAGACGUAAUCUUGGUAUUGCAACGGCUUCGGCAAUCGUUGUUGUCGGAGCAGCUUCGUUGGUGGUUUCCACCUAUCCACAUCUUCUGGAAAAGCUUCCAUGGUGGAAAAGUCAAAAGGCCAGUGAUAAGACAGAAUCUGAGGAAACCAAAGAAUCCAAAGAAACCGUUGGCGAUUCCACGGUUGUUGUUCCAGCUAAGGAUUUGAGCGAAACCGAACUCAAACAGGUUUUGAAAGAGGUGGGUAGCAACUAA